AUUUUGUCAAGAUCUUCCAAUGCUGUCGUAUCAGCGAAUGACUGAGAGGCAGCGAGAGUUGCAUGACAAAGUCAAUAUUGCAGGUGGAUGGCACGAUUUGUGUGGCAAGCAGAUUGGCGAUGCUGAAGCACAGGCAAUCGCACAGGCAUUCAAAGUGAACGUGACGGUGACGGUGCUCAUGCUCGACAACAACCGGAUUGGCAGUGCUGGAGCGCAGGCACUUGCUGAAGCUCUCAAAGUGAACAAGACACUGACCGGGCUCUAUCUGAGUGAUAAUCACAUUGGAGAUGCCGGUGCGCUCGCGAUUGCUGAGGCGCUCAAAGUGAACAAGAGGCUGACCUCGCUCAAUUUGGUCGAGAAUCAGAUUGGCGAUGCUGGAGGGCAAGCGAUUGCCAACGCACUCAAGGUGAACACGACGCUGGAAAUGCUCUAUCUUGGCCGCAAUCCGAUUGGUAGUACCGGGGCGCAGGCGAUUGCUGAUUCACUCAAAGUGAACAACACCUUGACUGAGCUCUAUUUUUUUCGAAAUCAGAUUGGCGAUGCUGGAGCGCAGGCGAUUGCUGAUGCACUCGAAGUGAACUCAACGCUGACGACACUCAUUUUGGAAAAGAAUCAGUUUGGCAAUGCAGGAGCGACAGCGAUUGCUGAGGCACUCAGGGUGAACACGACCCUGACUGAGCUCAAUCUGAGUCAGAAUGCCAUUGCGGAUGCUGGUGCGCAAAUGAUUGCUGAGGCGUUCAACAUCAACAAGACGCUGACUACGCUCAAUCUUGAAGACAACAUCAUUUCCGCCCGUGAGUACAAGGCCAAGGCCUUGGACAAGUUCAGCAACAAGAAACGCACCCUGCGGGUGAACAACCAGCGUACGCCUUCGCCUGCUGAACUGCAAGCGGUGGCGGCUAGUGGCACUAAUGGGCAAGCCCGGGCCAGCGUUGCAAACCGAGAGUUGCAACCCGAAGGUCCGCAAGUAGCUCAGAGUACGACUCUGAGACAAAGCGAGUUGUUUCGCAAAGUCAAGCUUGCAAGUGGGUCGCUCAAUUUGCAGUUGGAUAGGAUUGGCGAUGCUGAAGCGCAGGCGAUUGCUCAAGCUCUCAAAUUGAACAAGAAUUUGAGUUGGCUUGGCCUCGACUUCAACCAGAUUGGCGAUGUUGGCGCGCAGGCGAUCGCUGAGGCACUCAAGGUGAACACGACAGUGACCACACUCAAUUUGGGUGAUAAUCAGAUUGGCAACGCUGGAGCGCAGGCCAUUGCACAAGCGCUCAAAGUGAACACGACGAUAACUGGGCUCAAUCUGCAACAUGUUCAAAUUAGCGAUGCUGGAGCACAGACAAUAGCUGAGGCACUCAAAGUGAACACGACGCUGACGACACUCGGUCUGGGCCGAAACCAGAUUGGCGAUGCUGGAGCACAGGCGAUUGCUGAAGCUCUCAAAGUGAACAAGAAGCUGGACACGCUCUUUCUGAAUGAGAAUCAGAUUGGCGACGCUGGAGCGCAGGCGAUUGCCGAGGCACUCAAGGUCAACAAGAGGCUGAUUCUGCUCAUUCUCGAUGAGAACUCCAUUUCCGAAAGUGCCAUCAACGCCUUGAAACAAGUCGGCAACAGAGCCUGCCAACCUGAUUUUCACAGUCAGCGUCGGACGUUACCUGCUCAAUUGCACGCCACUCACGCGCCACUAUGGGCCAGCGUUCCAACUGAAGAUGUCCCAGGAGCCCAUGCUCCAAGUUCCCACCAUGCUCCUUCUCCAUCAACGCCUCCGCCUCGUCCUCCCAAACCUGCUACAUUGCGAAUGCCCAACUCCAAGUCAGGGACAAAUCGCGAGGAUAUUCGUCAACUGCAAGCUCGCAUGGCCCAGCUGGAGCUCGAGCGCCAUUCUCCCCCAAGUUCUGCUCCCCCAAGUUCUGCUUCUCCCCCAAGUUCUGCUCCAUCCGUCAGCCCCAACCUUCUUCGCGUUGAUCUCCAAGUCCUCUCUCAAGCGACUGACAAUUUUGCAGAUCCCAAGAAAAUUGGAGGCGGCGGCUUUGGCAAUGUCUACUCUGGUGUCUGGAACGGUCAGCAAGUCGCUGUCAAACGCAUGGCAGCGAAUUCAACCCAAGGCGCCGCUCAGUUCGAGGCCGAACUCGAAGCCCUCUCGCGUUUCCGUCACCCGAAUAUCGUCAUCAUCAUGUGCUAUGCCCAGGAAGACAACGAGCGCUGCUUGGUCUACGAGCUGAUGCCAAACGGUUCUGUUCGCGAUCGUCUCGAUCGCAGGGGUGGCACGCUCGCAUUGAGUUGGCAGCAGCGCCAAAACAUUGCGACUGAUAUUGCAAACGCCAUGCACUUUGUCCAGACGGCCAUUCCGCGGCAGCCGCUGUUCCACUUGGACCUCAAGACGGAUAAUGUGUUGCUGGACGCUGACUUUCACGCCAAAGUGGCCGAUUUUGGUCUGACGCGCUCUAUGCCGGCUCAGGUGGACGCACACAGCUACAUUCGUACGCAGACGGUUCAAGGCACCCUUCAGUACAUUUGCCCUCAGUAUCGCGAUGAAGGCAAGGUUUCCAUCAAGACGGACGUGUACUCGUACGGCAUGAUUCUGCUUGAGCUCGCUACUGGACAGCGGCCCAGCAUUGACUUGAUGUCUACCGUUCGACACCAGCUGAAAAGGAGCCGUAAAAUCGAUUCAGUGCUUGACAAAGCAAUUGACUGGAGCAGUCAAGAUAAAGAGGCUGCACAAGCCAUGGCGGAUCUUGCGGUUGAUUGCCUCGAUCCCGCACGAGUCUAUCGACCAUCGUUCGGCGAAAUCCUGAGACGAUUUUCGGGGGAAGAAGUUGCAGAAAACGAGGAAGAGACAGUUGCAGGCAGCGAUCGUGAGUGCUUGGUCUGUUUCAACGCCCCGACGAAUGCCAAGCUGAUACCGUGCUGCCACGCAUGUGUCUGCGUCGCGUGUGCUCAAUGGAUGAUCCAACGUCAAGACAAGUGCAUGAUUUGCCGAGUCCCUCCGACCUCGUUUCACCAGGGCACAUACAACAAGACUUUUGUCGACUAAGCUGCUGUUGCUUGUGUUUUACGUUCUUGUAACAAAUCCAUAGAUCGUUGUUGAGAAUCCAAA